AUGGCGUUCAAAAUAAAAGAAUUGGAGUCAAUAAACACUCCAAAGAAGUCAUCAAUCAAAUUGGAUGAUCAAGUCAUUCCUGGACUUUCAGGAGGUGGGGAUGGAGGCGAUAGAGUUCGAGGUGGUGGUGGAGGUGGUGGUGGAGAUGGAGGUGGUGAUAGAGUUCGAGGUGGGGGUGGAGAUGGAAGUGGAGUUGGAGAUAGAGGCGGAGGAGGUGGCGAUAGAGUUCGAGGUGGUGGUGGUGGCGGAGGUGGCGAUAGAGUUCGAGGUGGUGGAGGUGGCAAUAGAGUUCGAGAUGGUGGUAGAGAUAGAGGCGGAGGUGGCGAUGGAGUUCGAGGUGGUGGAGAUCUACGUGGAGGUGGGGGUGGAGAUUGGCAAAACAAUGGUAACCUUACUGGUACUUCUUCGUCAAAAUCUCGUAAGCGUACGAGUUCGUUGUACAAGUGA